UUACAUUUAUUUUAUAGUCUAGUAGUAAACAAAUACUACUAAAGGAUUUUUGAAGGUUUUAUGCGACAGGACGAUAAUAUGUUGUGAUCAUUUUCAUUAGUGACUGUGAAAUUUUAGUUUUGAAUAACAAUUGAACUUUAAGUACGACGUGAUUACUGUAGUUAUAUAAGUAUUUAGUUUUUAUAAUGUAUAGCACAUGGAUGUAGAGGCCCUAAAAGCUAAAUUAAGAGAACGGGGUGCAUCUUUGAAGGGCAGAAAAGCAGACCUAAUUGAAAGACUUGAGGCAUAUGACAGGAAUCAGAAUUUUGAUGCUGUUCAAGCAGAAGAAAAUGAUGAUCCAAAAAUGGUUUUACCAGAAAGUCAUGCUUAUCGGGACAUCAACAGCAGUAUGAAGCUACCACCAAUUACAAAGGAACAUAUAACCCUUUAUUUCUUACAAUUUCAUAAGAACCCAAAGGAUGGUAAAUCAUUAUAUGAAGCACGCUUCCUACAUAUUUUGAGAGCAGCAUUUAUUGGUGACUCAUGCUACUUUAAAGGAUAUAUUAAAGCUUCAAUGAAAAGAAUUAUGUAUGAAGCUAAUGUUAAAUUAAGUAUAAAAGGUGAGAUUUUAGAGUGCAACUGUGAAUGUGUUGCUGGUAGUGGAGUGUGUGCUCACUGCAAACAUGUGGCUGUAGUUGUUUGUGGACUUGAAAAUUUUAUAAAUGAUAAAAUUCUUCUGAAAACAGAAGCACCCACAGAAAAACUACAAACUUUCCAUAUGCCCAAAAAAAUUUUUACAGGCAGUCCAUUAAAAGCGCACAAGUUGCCAUCCAAAAGAAAAUCUAUUGAGAAUAUUGUAUUCGAACCAUAUAAAAAAAGAAUUAAUAUUCUAGAAUAUACCCAAAAAGUGAGGAAUAUUAUUCUUAACUGCAAAUCCCAAAAGCCCUUUAAACAACUAUAUGUGCCUGCAAAUCCAUAUGCGAUUGAAAAUGACCAUGAUUACUGUGGACCUGUGACCAACAAAAUUUUUGAGCAACUAGAAUUAAAUACAUUAUCUUUAAAUAGAAUUCAAGAAAUAGAAUGUGAAACUUGCGUCAGCGAGAUAAUCCUAAAUGGUUUAUUUACAGAAAGUGUCGCUUGACCGCUAGUAAUAUCAUACUAUAUGCCGUAUGAAAGAAACCAGUAAAAAUGGUUAUGCCAUGCAAAUACUAGAAAAAGAAAAUAUUUUAUCAAGAGCUAUUAUGCAUGGUAUAAUUAUUGAAAAAGUUGCAUUAAAGCAGUAUAUUAAUUUAUAUGAGUUAGAUGUGACAGAAAGUGGAGUGCUUAAUUCAGAAGAAAGGCCCUAUUUGGCUGCUUCGCCUGAUGGUAUUUUAAAUGAAGAGACAUUAAUUGAAAUAAAGUGUCCCUAUGCUACUAGACAUCAAGUUAUAAGUCCAACUACAGUACCAUACUUAAUCUACAAUGACAAUAAGUUAUGUUUAAAAGCAGAAACACAAUAUUAAUAUCAAGUUCAAGGGCAACUUUACUGCAGUAACAGAAAAUAUUGUAAUUUUAUAGUUUAUACCUAUAAAAGUUUAGAGGUGG